CUGGCCUCUCUGCUCUUGGAGAGGCGAGGGGAGCCGGGGCCUGCCCAGUCAAGUGGAUGCGAGUCUCUUCGCCCACUCCACCGAAACUCUUCCUGGGAGGUGGGAUCGAGUGACUUUCCAGGCACUGGGAUGGAGCCCGCCAGGGUCUGACCACCAUGAAACUCCACAUCUCCAGCGCUUUGGUCUCUUCCCGCCUGGAACGCGCCCCAGAUCGGCAGGGGUUGCUGUAUAAAAAGAGCAGUCGCAGUUCCUCCUACCACCCGUGUUGGUGCACGCUCUGGGGUAAUGUUCUGUUCCGUCGAGAGCGAGCUGGAGACCGGGAUCCUCCUAAACUCAUCAUCUUGGAAGGCUGCACCGUGGAGCUGCUAGACUCCACAUCUGAACCAUAUGCCUUUGAAAUUUCUUACCCCUGUGGGUUACCUGGUAGCCGGGCAUACCAGAUGGCAGCUGAGAAUCAAGAAACUCUGGAGGGCUGGGUGCGAGCGCUCAGCACCGCAGGGUUUGGAUACCUCCGAGCCUUGGCUGCCGAGCUGGAAGGGCAGUUUCGAAUGCUGAAGAACCAACCGCCUCUCAAAUUGGAUGGAGCCCCGGUAGCCUCAAAGAACUGCAAGCUACUCCUUCCAAAACUGGUGGCUGAAAUGGAAUCCAAAGGGACAAAUUUCUCACAGCUCCACCAAGAAUUUGGUGAGGACAUUGUGAGGUUAAGGUAUAUGUGGCAAGAAAAGAAAGCUGGCAAGAAGCAACCUACAAAAGAGAGUUUGAUAGAUCUGGGGUAGGAAAAAAUCGGCAAUACCAGACACUUGACUACAACGAGCAAGUCCAGAGAAUUGGAGUCUAUUCUGGGGAAGGGAAA